ACACACGCAGUCAGUCACUCGUUUUAACACACACACACACACAUACACAGAACCAGGGGCACUCGGCAAGCGGGGCAAACAAUCAUGUAUUUCAAUAGAAAUCGUGGCCGCUGACAAAAAACGUGCUUUUGAUUCACUGACGUGAUGCAUCGGGGGAAAGUGACAGGCGGCCAGUUUCAUUCUCGUUUAUUCAUGAAUCUCCAUUUUUGAUGUUGGAGAGAGAAAUGAGUGCCGAGGUCGGGCCUACUGGUGCAAAUGCUGCUGGGAUUUUGCAGAUCCGCUUUCACAAAUUGACAAAAAGUAACGCUACAUGCUCGAAUUUCAAGGGCUAUCCGGUGGUUCUGUCGUGACCGAGUCGUAAAUGGAUGGAGCCAUGUCAACAUGAAUCAGUCCUACAAAGUGGCCGGCAGGGAUGGCUCGGAGUGUCGUGGAGAUCCACAGGACAGCAGGGCUCUUGAUGUCCGAAUCGGCUCAUGUGGACAGCAGAGCACCAAGGCCGACCAAAGCUCUGCCAUGCAUUUCUUGAACCCUGGCUACAAACUCUCUGCACCGUUUGCGUACAACCAGAGAGAAUCCACCUCCAACUACAGCCCGCUGAGGAGACUCCAGGACCUGACCACUAUGGUGAACCAUGCGGACGGAGGUUUGCAGGAUAAGGACUUCCACGGGCGAAACAAAUUGCUCAUGCACAGUCCCAUUGGUGGGAACGAGUUCGGGAUAGGCCUUUAUAACACAACCAAUUCGCAAGGAAACACUGCUAUUCAGGAUCUGGACAAGAAUGGCUUCUCGCCAGUGAGCUCUGAUAGCUUGGAACACUUUUCUCCGAUCUCCAAUGGAUUUUUGCAUUUCGAUUCGACCCUGUUUGACAGCGGCGACAGCAAGGAUAACGACGAGGAUGUCAAGGGAGAGGUGGCAACGUUUAAAGACACGUCAAAGAAAUGCCAGAAACGAAAUGUGGCUAAAACAGAAACUCAGAGCAGCCACAGGUUGGACGCAAACAAACAUAGUAGUAAAAAUACAGCAAAGUCGGACCCUCCAGCGAGUCCAUUCCAUGUACCAUUUACCAUGAUGGAGGAUUUUGACAGUAUGGAUGAUUAUUCUGACAGUGACUGCGAUCUGCCCAGCACUGAGAACUGCGCGUCAAUAUUCAAUCUCUCCAAAAGAGCACAUUCACCCAGCGACUCCCAUUCAAAUCCUUCCAGCAGCCCAAAGAAGAAGCAGCUUCUCAGUGUCAAGUACUCUAUUGGGGAUGUUGUGUGGGCCAAAUUCAACCGCAGACCCUGGUGGCCCUGUCAUGUAACCACUGACCCACAGAUUGACGUCCACACCAAAAUGAAAGAUCCCAGUCGUCGGCCAUGCCGCCUCUAUUUUGUCCGGAUGUUUGGGGAGAUCGUGGACCAAGCAUGGGUCCCGGCGAAAGCCACUUUUCCUUUUGAAGGAGGUGAUCAGUUUGAAAAACUCCCGGUGCUGAGACGGAGAGGAAGACAGAAGGAGAAGGAUUACAAGUACACGGUUCCCAAGCGUCUAAUUCCAUCGUGGAAAGCUAGUGUCUUGGAGGCAGAGGCAUCAUUAACCAAACAGUUAAACAGCGAACCUCCAUUGACUUUAAUCCAGGAUGUGUGCGUGCCAAUUACAGAAGACAAGGCACACAAAAAAAACCCUGCUUGUCCAAAGUCUACAACACUGUCCACACCAUCAAGCUCACUUUUGUCCAAUGGACUCAAUGCAUCCGUUAAGAACAGACUAAAACCCGGCACUGCAAGCAAAAAGAAGGCAACUAAAAAGAUGAUCCAAUCUCAAUCAAUCAAAUUAAGCGAGACCCCUUCAUUAUUUAAAUCCAAAUCAAACCCUUCAUCAGACAAACCAUCCAUAGCCACAGACCCGCUAGAUAGUCCGUAUUCAGAUAUCGACUCUGUACCGAGGAUUCUGUGUUCAAAACGUAUCGACGAAUCGCUGCAGGUGGAGCUGGAGAAAGAGUUGAGCACUAAAACUACAAAAGUACAAGCAUGUAAGAAGACGAGCAAGAACAGCGUGGACAAACCGGGGAAGAAAACUGAUGUAAAAUGCUUGAAGAACAGUAAGCUAAAGAAGUCAACGCCCAAAGACAAAACACUUAAAGCUACAAGCUCCAGACUGAAGGAAAGCAGUUCCCCGGGCUCGUCGGAUGGCUCUUUUGCCAUGCACUCUCACUAUCUGCCUGCCAGCAGUGGCUUAAUUGUGAGAGCACUCGCCGCCGGGGAAGAAACCAAGGAAAAAGACUUAAGCCACGAGCCAAAUUCUCACUCGCCAAGUUCUGAACACUCGUCCCAAACAAACCAUGAGUUAUCCAAACAAAAUUGGGAGGUAAAAAAUAACAGCGAGUCUAGUGAAGAAUCAGUGGAUGCCUCCGACUCCCCUCCAAACCCAACUUCAAUUAAAAGAAUUAAAAAACGGCCCCAAAAAAAUGGCAUUCACAAAGAUCCUCCGCCUAAAUCACACGAGGAAUCUGAAUCUAAAGUAAAUAAUGAAAGCAUGUUCUCAGACACCUCGUCUUCAUCCAUCCCAUCUCCUUCGAUCUCUCCAAUGGACGCUUUUCAAGACAUCAAGGAGCUUUCAUUUAGAUCUCUUGUUAAAGAGGAAUGCAGCUCUGGAGAAUCUCCGCUCCGUGCCGAUUCGAACUACAAAUUCAGUACUUUCCUGAUGCUCUUGAAGGAUUUGCAUGACAGCCGGGAGAAGGAAGGGAAACCUUUAACUCUUCCUCCAACAUCUCCGUCUUCGUUAAUAAAGGAAGAACCUUCACUCAUCCCUGUUGGAGAAGAGCCACCAAAUGAGGUGCUUUGUGAAAAGGAGUUUGCAGAGCAAAGCAGCUUGCCUGGAAAAACAUCAACACCGAACAACUCAAAGCAAAGCAAAGCUAAGCUGAAAUCAACAGUGAAAAAGGAAAGUCAAAAGCCUGACGUUGUUAUAGAUUCAGUCUCUCCGUUAAAGAAACCAAUCUCACCUGUAGGUUUGGAUGUACUUGACAAGAGUUUGCCUUUGUUAGGAGAUCUUCCAAAGUCUAGUGAUGUUUCUGCUGCGGUUACUGAUGUUUGCGCUAAGGGAACCAUCUCCAAGGUUGCUCCUAAAAAGCGCUGGAAAACAUUCGAGUCGGAACUUGGGAAAAGCAUCAAGCCAAAGAGCGAUCAGGUUGAUUCGACUCUAGAUGAGGUGAAGAGUGUGUCCACAGAGCCCAAUGGAGUCUUCAAAGACGGUCUUCAGGAAUCGGCUCACUCUGACGUCCCGAAUAAAAAAGAUGCUUCAGAAAACAAAAGACUUCGAAAGCCAAGCAAGAGGCUGAUUGAGUGCGGGGAAGAAUAUGAACAAAUUUUUCCCUCGAAGAAGAAAACUAAGAAAUCCACAGAGUCCUGUAAAACGGGAUCUUGUAUCUCUAACACUACUCCUGAACAGCCGGCAUCAGACCAGAUCACACUUGAUGCUGUUUCAAGCUCUUCAGCUGAAAAACCCCUUGAUCAUGUCGUAGCAGAAGAGCAGAAACCCCCUGCAGAUGUUCUCGUUCCUCCUUCAGCACCAAAAUCUCCAUCCUGUGCAACAUCAUUAGAGACAGAGCCGUGUGAGAAGAAAUCUGCUCCUUUGGAAAGAAAGAGGCCACGGAAGUCUGUGCAUAAAGUUCUAGACUGCGCUAUUGAAGGGGAGUCUGUUAAGAUCCCAAAGAAAGGGGAGAGUAGACAACACAAAACGAACCCAGAGGAAUCGGGUGUCAGAGAUCUGGAGAAACAGGAAGAGGCUGGACCUCCACCAUCAAGCCCAUGUGCUGUAUCAGCACAAAGUGAGGGUGAACUACGAACGUCUUCCCCGAUCCAGCCGGAUGUUCCCAGUGUGAGUCAGAUCCCGGUUGAAGGAGAGCAGAGCAGUCCAUCUAAACCUCAGAUUAACAACGAAGACUCGCUGAUCUCUGAGGGUUUUGCUGCAGGACUCAAUGACAGUGCGUUUUCCAGCAGAGAUUCAUUAUCUGGUGAUUUGUCUGGACUCUCGACCAAUAAAAGAUCCGUGGAGAGAGGCGGAGGGGCAUCGCUGAAGGAGAAUGUCUGCCAGGUGUGUGAGAAGACCGGAGAGCUGCUGCUGUGUGAGGGUCAGUGCUGUGGAGCUUUUCAUCUGCAGUGCAUCGGCCUCACAGAGACUCCUAAAGGACGCUUCAUCUGCCAGGAGUGCAAGAUGGGUGUGCACACAUGUUUUGUGUGUAAAAAGCCUGACAAGGAGGUCAGGCGGUGUAUGAUCCCUGUGUGUGGGAAGUUUUAUCACAUGGAUUGCAUAUUAAAAUAUUCCCCCACCGUCGCACAGAAUCGCGGCUUCCGCUGCUCCAUCCACGUCUGUCUGUCCUGCUACAUCACAAACCCCAACAACCCCGGCAUCUCCAAAGGCCGCUUGACCCGCUGCGUGCGCUGCCCUGUGGCCUACCAUGCCAAUGACUACUGUAUGGCAGCGGGCAGCGUUCCUUUAGCCAAUAACAGCUUUCUCUGCCCGAACCACUUCACACCACGCAAAGGCUGCAAAAACCACGAACACAUCAACGUCAGCUGGUGCUUUGUGUGUUCUGAAGGCGGGAGUCUGCUGUGCUGUGAAUCUUGCCCUGCUGCCUUUCACAGAGAGUGUCUGAAUAUUGAGAUGCCACAAGGCAGCUGGUUCUGCAACGACUGUCGAGCAGGAAAGAAGCCCCAUUACAAGGACAUACUGUGGGUCAAAGUGGGACGAUACAGAUGGUGGCCCGCUGAAGUCACGCAACCCAAAAGCGUUCCUGAAAACAUCUCCCGCAUGAAACACGAGGUCGGAGAGUUUCCCGUGCACUUCUUCGGCUCUAAAGACUACGUGUGGACGUAUCAGGCUCGAUGUUUCCCCUAUAUGGAAGGAGACGCCAACAAUAAGGAGAAGAUGGGAAAGGGUGCAGAUGCCGUCUAUAAGAAAGCUUUAAAUGAAGCGGCUGAUAGAUUCAGAGAACUGCUGAAGGAGAAGGAGAUGAGGCAACUACAAGAAGACCGAAAGAAUGACAAGAAACCUCCUCCAUACAAACACAUCAAGGUGAACAAACAAAUAGGGAAGGUGCUGAUCAUCACGGCGGAUCUGUCUGAAAUCCCACGCUGCAACUGUAAAGCCACUGAUGAGAACCCGUGCGGCAUCGACUCGGAGUGCAUCAACCGCAUGCUGCUGUACGAGUGUCAUUCGCAAGUGUGUCCCGCAGGAGAGCGCUGUCAGAACCAGAGCUUCACCAAACGCCAGUACACAGAGGUGGAGAUCUUCAGGACUCUAUCACGCGGAUGGGGUCUGCGCAGCAUAUCCGACAUCAAGAAGGGAGCUUUUGUGAACGAGUAUGUUGGCGAGGUCAUUGACGAAGAGGAGUGUCGAAGCAGAAUCAAAAACGCACAAGACAACGACAUCUGCAACUUCUACAUGCUCACACUGGAUAAGGAUCGCAUUAUAGACGCCGGGCCGAAGGGAAACGAGUCGCGUUUCAUGAACCACAGCUGCCAGCCAAACUGCGAGACUCAGAAGUGGACGGUGAACGGAGACACCAGAGUCGGGCUGUUCGCUUUGGAAGAUAUUCCUAAAGGUGUUGAACUCACGUUUAAUUAUAACCUGGAGUGUCUGGGUAACGGGAAAACCGUGUGUAAAUGUGGAGCGCCCAACUGCAGCGGAUUCCUGGGAGUCAGACCAAAGAAUCAGCCACCAUCAGAUGACAAGACACGGAAACUGAGGAGGAAAGUUUCAGGCAAGCGCAAGAGUCAGUCGGAGGUCACCAAGGAGCGAGAGGAUGAAUGUUUCUACUGUGGGGACGGAGGACAGAUCGUGUCCUGUAAGAAACCCGGCUGCCCCAAAGUCUAUCACGCCGACUGUCUGAAUCUGUCCAAAAGACCUGCAGGUCGCUGGGAGUGCCCGUGGCAUCAGUGUAAUGAGUGCGGCAGAGAAGCGGCGUCCUACUGCGAGAUGUGUCCCAACUCCUACUGCGAGCAGCACCGCGAGGGAAUGCUCUUCAUAUCCAAACUGGACGGCAAACUGUCCUGCAGCGAACACGACCCCUGCGGCCCAGAUCCUCUGGAACCGGGCGAGAUUCGAGAGUAUGUUCCCAGUACAUCCAUUGUAGGUCAAGCGCCCAAUAUGUCAGCAUCUGGCAGGAUAACCCAGCCUGCACUUCCACCCGCAGCACCGCUCUUCAUUCCCGCUCAAAACAGACCAGCGUUUCAAUCCCAAAGAGACCCGUAUGGAGACGAAGUGGUGGAUAACAUUUUACCUUCAUCAUCUCCUAAAGACAUCAAGGAGGAAGAUAUGAGUGACGGAGAGGUGGUGUUUGAAGAAGGAGAAGAAGAAGAAGAAGAUCUUGAGCUUGUGGAUGAUGAAGAUGAUGAAGAAGAAAUCGACUGCAGAGGAAUGGGUUUGGAGGAUGAAGAGGAGGAGGAGGAGUUUGAAGACUAUGAGGAUGACUUCGUUAAUGUUGACUUUGUAGGAACCGAGGAUGGGGAUGAAGUGGAAGGAGACGAACAGGAAACAUCAUGGGAUGAGUUGGUGGAAGCAGAAAAAUGAGCUUGAUUCUUCUGGAUAUGACCUGUGACUGACGACACGCAGGGAAAUCAGCCGCCGUUGUUUUUCCGAUUGGUUCAAGCAUCGGUUGAGAACGAUGAACACCUGUGAUACACUGAUCUCGCUAUGAGCUUGCCUUCUCAACCCAAGUCCUCUUGGAGAAUCCUCAUAGAGGGUCGGAUCUGGUGCUGUGGGAUUUUGACUUCAGUCCGUUUGUUGGAUAAUAAUGAUUAGUGUCUGGUGCUCUUUUACUUUUUACAUUUUCCUCCUGGAAUUGUUUACAUUCUCUGACCUGAACAGAAGGAUGACCUCACGGGGGUUUAAAAUGGCGCAUCAUGGACCGUACUGUUGUUGUCUUACUUAGGAAAUCUGAAUAUAGGUUAUGAUUAUCAGUUUUUAUGAACAAGUCUGAUCGUUUAUGAACGGUUUAGACACAUCAUCCCACACAAUUAUGGUUUUUAAGGGUUAGUUCACGCAAAAAAUGUUUAAUUAUUCCAUUAUUUAUGGCGCUCAAGGCAUCUUAUAGAUUUAGAUGACUUCUUUGAGUUGAAUCCAAUUGGACUUGGGAUUUUUCAGCUCGACAAUGACGAUUGGCUGUCCAUAAAAUCUAAAAAAAAAAAAAAAAAAAAAGUGCAUCCAUCCAUCCAUAAAAAGUGCCUCACAUUGAUCCAAGGGCUAGAUAAAAGUCUCAUUUAGUGAAUCUAUGCAUAUUUUUUAGAAAAAUAUCCAUAUUUAAAACUUCGCAGACUGUUUUGUGUAGUUUCCAGCAACUUCCAUCCUUAUAUGUGUACUUAUUGGUGCAUUAGCGCCACCAGCUGGACAUUAAUGUGUUUUCUUUGUCUUUUUUUGUUGUGUUUGUGUUCCUUUUAACUAUGCACACCAUGUUUCUCAAACAGGUUCCAAGAGGACCACCGGCACUGCAUGUUUUAGAUGUCUCCGUUGUCUGUCACACCCAUUACAAGUCUUUCAGUCUCUGCUGAUGAGCUGAUAAUCUGAAUCAGGUGUGUUUGAUUAAGGAGACAUGGAAAAUGUGCAGAGCUGGUGGUCCUCCAGGAACGUGGUUGAGAAACACUGCACUUAAGCAUAGAUGUUAAACUCUUACUCCUAGUUGAGUGCUUCGGGCUUGUUUGAAACCUACAGGUAAGUGUGUUUAACUGGGGUUGGAACUAAACUGUGGAGCUUUGGCCCUCCAGGAACUAGAUUUGACACCUAUGCUUUAGCGCAGUAUUUCUCAACCACGUUCCUGAAGGGCCACCAGCACUACAUGUUUUAGAUGUCUCCGUUGUCUGUCACACCCAUUACAGGUCUUUCAGUUUCUGCCAAUGAGCUGAUGGUCUGAAUCAGGUGUGUUUGAUUAAGGAGACAUGGAAAAUGUGCAGAGCUGGUGGUCCUCCAGGAACGUGGUUGAGAAACACUGCACUAAAGCAUAGGUGUCAAACUCUUACACCUAGUUGAGUAAUUCAGGCUUGUUUGAAACCUACAGGUAAAUGUGUUUAAUUAGGGUUGGAACUAAACUGGAGCUUUGGCCCUCCAGGAACUAGAUUUGACACCUAUGCUUUAGCGCAGUGUUUCUCAACCAUGUCCCUGGAGGACCACCAGCACAGCAUGUUUUAGAUGUCUCCUUUGUCUGUCACACCCAUUACAAGUAUUUCAGUCUGCUAAUGAUCUGAUGGUCCGAAUUAGGUGUGUUUGGUUAAGGAGACAUGGAAAAUGUGCAGAGCUGGUGGUCCUCCAGGAACUUGGUUGAGAAACACUGCACUAAAGCAUAGGUGUCAAACUCCUACACUUAACUGAGUGCUUCAGGCUUGUUUGAAACCUACAGGUAAGUGUUUGAGCAGGGUUGGAGCUACACUGCAGAGCUGCGGCCCUCCAGAAACUGGAUUUGACACUGUGCACUAAAUAUAUUUUAAAAUACACACUCCAGUCCAGCUGGAGGCGCUAAUGCACCAAAAAUACAUCUCAAAAUAAGGAGAUUAAUGAAUGCCACUCGCCUGAAGUUACACAAAAUUGUUUAUGUAGUCUUAAAUAUUGAUGUUUUCUUAUAAAAACACAUGGAUUCACUAAAGGAGAUGUUUAUUUAGCUUAUGAAGCAUUUUUUAUUAUGAAUGGAUGCACUUUAUUGGGUUUCUUUUGAUCAGUCGUUGUCAUUGUUGAGCUGGAAAAGAAUAAGAUUGUUUAUAAAACAUUUUCAAUUGCAUUGGACUGAAAGAAGAAAGUCAUAUACACCUAUAGGAUGCCUUGAGGGUGAGUAAAUCAAGGGAUAUGAAAAAUUUUUAGGUGAACUAACCCUUUAAACGCCACAGUUUGCAGUACUUGAACUGAUUUCUCCAGGUCUGUCUGUCAGUGAGUCCACACAAUGUCUACAUGUUAUAGGAGUUUAAUACAACUGAUUUGUAAACAAGAAAAAGAGUCAAAAGGAAUAUAGGAAAUACAACAUUCCCAGCUUGAUUUCAAUCAUGCACUUUUGUGUUUUCGUCAUUUGUUUCAGCUGUCAGCAAGCGACUGAAGAAACUUUAGUAGUCUAGAGGAGUGAUUGUGUUGUUUUUCCUCCAUUCUCGUGGCCUUUGAGUCUUCAUGCUUUUUGAAAAGAUGAGUUUCUGCUUCUUCGUUGGAUGCUGCGCAAGGCCUGCUCGUAUUUAAAGGGAGGGAUUUUAAUUCACUCCAAAAUGAAAGUUUCCUGUUAAUUGACUCACCAAAUGAUCCAAGAUCCAUUUCUGAGUGGACUAUCACUUUCAAUUCCACCACCUUCUCAAAAUUAUAAUCGGAAAUAGCUCAUUUUCAAUGUGUGAGAAAUUCUGGGUUCACAUGUUGGAUUUGUGUCUGUGAUCUUUUGUGCCUCUGAAUGGUUUGCAAUCUUUUUACAC